GUUUCCAUAUGAGGAAACAUCAUUGAACCUCGUAGAGGAUGAUGAUGUAUGACAAGGAGUCUAGGAUAAUAAUGUUUGAGUGACGUGAAGGGCUCGCCAGAACUUUCUUUCCAAACACGUUUUCUUAAUUUAUAAAUUUAAGUUUAUUCAUUGUCUGUUUAAUGUCCCUGUUCAAUUUUCGGCAAGUUAGAUUCCCAUAGAUUUCAUUUCACAUCUACCAAACUUUUAAUACAAAUUCCGAAAUAUAUUUAUCUAAGAAGAGAGAGAGAGAGAGAAUCCGAAAAUGUGAAAGAAUUAGGGAAGGGGAUAAGACCUUGUUUGUUUGGUUGUUACUACAGUGCAAUAAAUUCAAAAUCGUGUAAUUCCCCCCAUUCCAGUCACUUCCUCGAACAAAUAAAAUACUGAAAAAAAAGAAAAAGAAAAAGUCUCGUCAAAAGCGGCGGAAAAAUUGAAAGUGUUUCCCCAAUUAUGUUUUUUUAGGAUUUUGAGACGUGACUUAGGGUUUCAACUUUCAACUCGCCCCGCCAAUUCCACUUUUUACACUCAAACCCCUUCACCGUUUCUCUCUCAACCAGCAAUUCCAUCUGCAUGAAUCGGAUCUCGAUCCGAUUCACCAUUUUCGAAUCGGGUCCUGAUAAGCUUCGACCGCAUUGCCACCGUCAAUGGCGUCGAAGCCUCCGCCUUCGUCUUCGCCCUCUUCUUCCAGAUCAGAGCCUCCCGUCGAUCCCUCCACAAAGAAAGUGGAGGAGGGAAGUCCUACUGUAAAAGAUGUGUUAUUGGUUAUUGAUUCUUUGAAGAAACAAGUUGCUGCUGACCGUGUUGUGUCUGUAAAGAAAAGAAUGGAAGAAAAUAGACAGAAGCUUGUUGGUGUCACAAACAAUCUGUGCAAAAUGUCGAUGGAGAGAAGGACCUGCAGCAUGACGGACACGGAUAGAAGUCUGGACCUACUGACAAAGAGGCAACAAGAUGCAAUAGAUAUGCACAAUGGUGUUCAGGCAAGUAAUGGUGAUAGGGAGAGCAAUGGCCAUCAUGAAGAUAGCCAUGGUUCUACAGCAGUUCUUCUAGGAUCUAAUGUUGCUGUAAAGAAUGCUGUUCGUCCUAUCAAGUUGCCUGAAGUAAAAAGAUUACCUCCUUACACUACAUGGAUUUUUCUGGACAGAAAUCAAAGAAUGACAGAGGAUCAGUCAGUUGUUGGUCGGAGGCGAAUUUAUUAUGAUCAAAAUGGUGGAGAAGCACUUAUUUGCAGUGACAGUGAGGAAGAAAUAAUAGACGAUGAAGAGGAAAAAAAAGAAUUUGUAGAAUCAGAAGAUUAUAUUCUUCGCAUGACUAUCAGAGAAUUUGGUUUGUCUGAUGUUGUUCUGGAGUCGCUGGCUCAGUGUUUUUCUAGAAACAGCAGUGAAAUUAAGGCAAGAAAUGAAGCCCUUAGUAAUGAAGACAAUGCUGGUGGGGGUUCCAAGAAUGGAGAUACUGAAGAGAAUUCUCAAAGUGGAAAUUCUUUUCUGGAAAAGGAUCUUGAAGCAGCUCUUGACUCUUUUGACAACCUCUUUUGCCGACGAUGUCUUGUUUUUGAUUGCAGAUUACAUGGAUGUUCGCAGGAUCUUGUCUUCCCUGCUGAGAAGCAACCUCUGUGGAUCCCUCCUCAUACUGAAAAUGCACCAUGUGGGCCAAAUUGUUUCCAAGCGGUACUUAAGUCUGAAAGAUUUGCGAAAGUCACCUCUUCUGCCCAGGCUGAUGUUGAAGACAAAUGCUCUAAUGGUGCUUUAUCUAGGAAGAAGUCUUCUGCUAGAAGGCGGAUAAAAUCCAAUCAAAGUGAAAGUGCUUCAUCUAAUGCGAAGAACAUAUCUGAGAGUAGUGACUCAGAGAAUGGUCCUGGACGGGAUGCUGUUUCAGCCUCCCACCCAGCACCUCCUAAAACUAAACCUGUGGGGAAAGGUGCAAUUGGUAAGAGAAACAGUAAGCGAGUGGCAGAACGCGUUCUAGUUUGCAUGCAGAAGCGGCAAAAGAAAACAGGGGCUUCUGAUUCUGAUUGCAUUGUGAGUAGUGUUCUAUGUUCAGGUGACUUGCAUUUAAUUUCAAUUAUUGCCAAGAUAGUGAAGAAACAAUUAUUUUAAAUGUGUCAAAUUUCUUUACAUUGGAAGAUCUAGAAGGAACAGGUUCAUAAUAAUCUGUAUAUAAUGCAGGGUGAAGCUCUUGACCGUUCAUUGAAUGAGAUGGUUACUGACCAAGCUGUCAUGAGCAAUGAAGACAACGUAAGGAAAGAAGAGUUUGUGGAUGAGAACAUUUGUAAACAAGUAUUCACAGAUAAUAAAUCUUGGAAAGCUCUUGAAAAAGGACUUCUUGAGAAAGGAAUGAAUAUUUUUGGCAGAAACAGCUGCUUAAUAGCCAGGAAUCUCUUAAAUGGUCUAAAGACGUGUUGGGAUGUUUUCCAAUACAUGAAUUGCGAAGAAGGAAAGAUGUCUGGUCCUGCUGGGGAUGCUGCAAAUUCUCUUGUGGAAGGCUAUUCAAAGGGUAAUAAUGAAGCGAGGCGAAGGUCAAGAUUUUUACGUAGAAGAGGAAGAGUCCGUCGCUUAAAGUAUACCUGGAAAUCUGCUGCUUAUCAUUCAAUAAGAAAAAGGAUUACAGAGAGAAAGGAUCAGCCCUGUCGGCAGUACAAUCCAUGUGGUUGCCAAUCAGCUUGUGGAAAGCAGUGUCCUUGUCUUCAAAAUGGAACCUGCUGUGAGAAGUACUGUGGAUGCCCCAAGAGUUGCAAGAAUCGAUUUCGUGGCUGUCAUUGUGCUAAGAGUCAAUGCCGAAGUCGUCAAUGUCCUUGCUUUGCUGCAGAUAGGGAAUGUGAUCCAGAUGUUUGUAGGAAUUGUUGGGUUAGUUGCGGUGAUGGUACUCUUGGGAUUCCUAGCCAAAGAGGGGAUAAUUAUGAAUGCAGAAACAUGAAGCUUCUUCUCAAACAGCAGCAAAGAGUUCUUCUUGGAAAGUCAGAUGUAUCUGGCUGGGGAGCCUUCUUAAAGAAUAGUGUUGGUAAGCAUGAAUACCUUGGAGAGUAUACAGGAGAGUUAAUUUCUCAUCGGGAAGCAGAUAAGCGAGGAAAGAUAUAUGACCGUGAAAAUUCAUCUUUUCUCUUUAAUCUGAAUGAUCAGUUUGUUCUUGAUGCGUACCGGAAGGGUGAUAAAUUGAAGUUUGCAAACCAUUCUCCUGAUCCAAAUUGCUAUGCGAAGGUUAUCAUGGUUGCUGGUGAUCACAGGGUAGGAAUUUUUGCCAAGGAACGGAUUAGUGCUGGGGAGGAACUGUUUUAUGAUUAUCGUUAUGAGCCCGAUAGAGCUCCUGCCUGGGCUCGGAAGCCAGAGGCUUCUGGAUCCAAAAAAGAGGAUGGUGCUCCUUCAAGUGGUCGUGCAAAGAAGCUUGCGUAAUGGGAGUUUUUUUAAAACUAAAAUCAAUUCUUUUAGCUAUUCUUUCACAGUAGAGAAAGCAAUCUCAUUGAUAGCGGAAAGAAAUAUUUUUUGUUCGUAGCAAAGCCAUGCAAUUGUUGCUGUAUAGGUAACUACGUUUAAACAAUUCAUUUUGAUAUUAGCUGACUGUAUUCGCUAUCCCAGAUGGGAAAUAUUAGCUUACUGAAUCAAAAUU